AUGCUAUAUCUUACACAGGUAGAGUAUGAGUCUUUAAAUCCCCAUAUACCAGUUAGGUUUCAAGUACUGACGGAAUCUGCUACAUUUGACAUCGAUGUCAGAGGAAUCAUCUCAACAAAAAGCAAACUGGACUAUGAAUCCCAGAAUAAUUACGUACUAAAUAUUUCCUUGUCAGAUGGAAAUGCUACUGACUAUGCUACAGUGUUUAUCAAAGUUACAGAUGUCAAUGAUAACAGUCCUGUGUUUGGUAUAACCAGCACUACCAUCACCAUUCUGGAGAACAUGCCAGCUGGAACUAGUAUUACCAAUGUGUCAGCUACAGAUGUGGAUGAGGGCUUUAAUGGAUUAGUGGUUUGUACUCUGAAAGGUGGAGAAGGAAGAAUAGAUAUUGACACCUCAGGAUUAAUUUUGUUGGAAAAGGAACUGGACAGAGAAAAACAAGGCUUCUAUAAUUUAACAGUGAUUGCCAGUGACCAAGGCCAGCCCAUGCUGUCUACAGCUCUCAAUUUGACAGUCAUCAUUGACGAUGUGAAUGACAACCCUCCAGUCUUCUCAUCAAGUAGGUAUGAAGUGAGUGUCCCUGAAGACAAAGUGCUUGGAAGGGCACUGCUGACAGUAUCUGCUACCGAUUUGGAUGCUGGGGCCAAUGCCCUGGUGAAGUACAGAAUUUUUAGCCAGCAACCUCCAACCUCCUCGCCAGUGUUUCUUGUCAAUUUGACCACGGGCCAGCUCAGCCUGAGUCAGCAGCUGGAUUAUGAAACCAUAAAGCAAUUUGAAGUAGAAGUGGAGGCAUCAGACGGAGGGCAGCCAAGUCUCAGCGCUAAAACACUUGUUGUUGUGCGUGUACUAGAUGUCAACGAUAACCCGCCAGAAUUUAAUCGGGCAGCUUAUGAUAUAUUUGUAUUUGAAAACCUACAAAAGGGUAGUCCUAUCUACACAUUCAGUGUUACUGACAAGGAUGAGGCUGGCUUUUCUCAGGGACACUUCAUUCAUAACAGUACUUCGUUUACUGUGGAUAUCCCUGGAAUACUUUCAUUAAGGAAUGACACAGAACUGGACAGGGAGACUACAUCUGGAUUCACUUUACAAGUAUGGGCAGUUGAUGCUGAAACAAAUGGGUUUAGUUCAAGUGCCUUGUUCCACAUCACUGUUCUGGAUGUCAAUGAUAAUAACCCUGAGUUUCAGAUGCAGCCAUACAGUUUUGCAAUUCUGGAAGGAAAUUACAUGUUGGGUGCUCCUGCUAGAGUUGGACACGUGACGGCUACUGAUUUGGAUGAGGGAGAGAAUGCAGAAAUUACUUAUUACUUAUCAGCUGAGGAUGGGGAUAAUCCAUAUAGAAUCCAACAGGAUGGAACCAUUUUCGUUAACGGCUAUGUAGACCGAGAAACUAGAGAGAAGUAUGAGCUGCUGUUGGUGGCAUCUGAUAACGGAGUACCUCAAAGGCAGAAUUUCACGUAUGUCAGCAUUCAAGUAUUAGAUGUGAAUGAUAACCCUCCUCAGUUUACAAAAGCACAAUACUUGGCCAGUGUACGUGUAGCAACAGCAAAAGAAGGUGUGCCUGUACUAUCCGUGUCUGCUACUGACCCUGACGUUGGUAACAAUUCUGUUAUUUCAUACAGCCUCAUGAACCAUUCUGAUGAUUUCCAUAUAAAUAACCGCACUGGAGAAAUCACCCUCAGCAGUAACUUGGACCAUAUCACAGCUGACACAGUUGUUACACUGAUAGUUAUUGCUACUGAUCAUGGAGUUCCUCAGCUUACAUCAAAUGCCUCUGUGACUCUCUACUUGCUGGUAAAUGACACUGACUUCGGACUGACUUUUGAUAGCUCCAGCUACGAGUUCAGCAUUCAAGAACAUGAAAAGUCAGGGACUGCUGUUGGCUCUGUGAAGGCCCUGACUGGAAGCAUAGCUGUACAAGUAGUGUACUCUCUGAAAUCUCAUAGUGACAAGUUCUCUGUUAGUGACCAAGGAGACAUUGUGGCUCUCACCAGGCUAGAUCGAGAAGAAGAUGACCUAUACAGCAUCAUUGUAGAAGCUGUUGAUUCUGUGGUGCCACCCAAUACAGCUGUUGCUUUGGUAACUGUGAGAGUUAAUGACAUCAAUGACAAUCCUCCAGUUUUCUCAACAUUGAUUCAAACUGAACUAUCAGCUCCUGAGAAUGCAGAUACUCUAGACUUGGGCGUAUUUUCUGCUACUGAUCUGGAUACAGGAGUUAAUGCACUUAUAAGCUAUUCUCUGCAAGAUGAUUUUGCUGGAAUGUUCCAUAUUAACAGUUCUACUGGCAAGAUGAUGACAAAAAAACCCUUAGACAGAGAGAGGAUGGACAGUUAUGAAUUGAAAAUAAUAGCUACCGAUUCUGGCACACCAUCGCAAUCUGCAAGCUUAGUUCUAAACAUCACUGUAGAAGACAUGAAUGACAACCCACCAGUGUUCCCCCAGAUAUCAUACUCUGUGACCGUAAAAGAGAAUGAGCCUCCCCAUGUGAUUUUGAGUGCAGCAGCCACAGAUGAAGACAUAGGGUACAAUGCCAUUAUUCAUUACACCGUAAUUGGAGAGACUUCUUCAUUUCAUGUUGGAGAACUUUCUGGAAAUAUUACAGCUCUUCAACCUCUGGACUAUGAAAGUCGUUCCCAGUAUACAUUUAUUCUGAAAGCUUUCAAUCCUGGACAGCCAGAUCUCCAGGACACAGCAAACAUUACAGUUACUGUGGAAGAUGUUAAUGAAGAAGGACCCAUAUUUGACAAACCCUCAUAUUACCAGAUCCUUCUAGACAAUUCUACAGCUGGCACACUGGUAGUAGAUAUCAAUGCGAGAGAUGAAAGCAAGGGUUAUGAUGAAGGCAUUUUCUACAAUAUUUCAGGUGGAAACUCAGAAGGCCUCUUUAGUCUUUCCCGUACCACAGGAGUACUCAUGUUAACAAGAGACUUAUCCAAACAGACUGUUCCCCUGUAUUACUCCUUGAUGGUCACUGCUACAGAUUCGGGUCUGCCCCCUCUUUCAACUUCUGUAAAGGUGUCAGUAACAAUAGCUCCCAUCAACAUUUCAUUCCCGGUGUUCUCUGAGGCAGUCUAUCAGCCUGCCCCUCUGAGCGAGAAGACGCUGCCAGAUACGUUUGUUGUACAGAUCAGUGUGUUGUAUAAGCUCCCUGUGAUAUACAGUAUUGUAUCUGGAGAUGGAAAGGGGUAUUUCAUUAUCAAUUCAUCCACUGGUAUCGUAAGAACAAGGAAGAAUUUGGAAUGGGAAGAUUUUCCAGUCAUUUUCAAUGUGCGAGCAACAGAUUCAUCUAUUGCUAGCAUAUUUAAUGAAGUUUCUGUGAUUGUGGAAGUUACUGAUGAAAAUGAUUUCCCUCCGGUUUUCCCAUCCUCUCUACUAGAAGAAAGAUUGGAAGAGAAUUUACCCGCUACUCAGAUCGUCCAGCUGAAAGCUCAGGAUAGUGAUACAGGUAGUAAUGGUCUCCUAACAUAUGGCAUUCUUAGUGGAGACAGACUAAAAUUCAGGAUGGAUGAAGCAACUGGAAUUCUUUAUUCCACUAUCUCCUUUGAUUAUGAAGAACCACCUACGGAGUAUCAGGUUGUGAUAUAUGCUGAAGAUGGUGGAAUCCCUGAGAAGAAAAGAGGUUACUGCACAGUUGUCGUAAAGAUCAUUGAUGUUAAUGACUGGCCACCUGUCUUUGACCCAGUGACUGAAUUCAGUGUAAAUGAAAAUGUGCCUGUGGGAUUCAUAGUUGGAAAAAUCACAGCAACGGACAGAGACACAGGAGAUAAUGCCUUUGUUCUAUAUAGCCUUACAGGUGGUGGAGGGAAUAUAUUUGAAAUUGAUGAAAUACACGGCAACAUUAAGAUAAAGAACUCUCCAGACUAUGAAACCAUGAAUAAAUACAACCUUACAGUGAAUGCAAUCAACGAUAAAUCUGCCCCCUUCCAUCAGGCAACUACUCAUGUCACUGUUCUAGUGAUUGAUGUGAAUGAUAAUGCUCCAGUAUUUGCUCAGGAUUCCUAUUCCGCUUCUAUAAACAUGAUUAAUCCUGUAGGGGCUCCUGUCAUAACUGUGAGCGCUACUGACAAAGAUCAGGGGCAAAAUGGCCUUAUUGAGUACUACAUCCUCCCUGAUCAAAACUUCAGCCCAUUCUUCCUGAUAGAAGAUACGAGUGAGGGGAAAAUAAUUACAACUGGAAACCUGUCUAGAUCUGGAGAGAUCCAUUUAACAGUGAUGGCUAAGGACAAAGGCUCUCCAUCUUUAAAUGACACUGCUAUGAUUACUCUUAAUGUGUUUGACAACCGUCCAUUUGUUCCUUGGUUUAAUGAGACCGAAAUCAGCAUUUCCGUUUUGGAAAACACAGGAGUGGAUUAUUUCAUUUACGCUAUUACUGUGGUUGAAACUUUAGGAAAACCGAUUGAUUAUACAGUUGUAUCUGGCAAUGAAAAAGGUCAUUUUAGACUGGAUCCAAAAAGUGGUCAGCUGAGAACAGCAAUUAAUUUGAACUAUGAGGAAGUUUCUCAGUAUGUGAUUUUAAUUGAAGCAAACGAAAAUCUCUCACCUGCUGCAGAAGUCCAGCGUUCAGGCCUCUUUGCUCAAAAUGUGGCAAUGCUGACGAUCUCAGUGCAGGAUGUAAAUGAAGAGCCAGCAUUUUUGAAUAAUGCCUACUCUGCUCGGAUACCGAACUCUGUGCCGUACAAGUACCCGGUUAUUACAGUUCAGGCCACAGAUCCAGAUUCAGGAGACAAUGGACUUCUGCUGUACAGCUUAGUGAAUAAUCAAAUGAAUGAAUUUGACAUCAAUGAAAAUACAGGGCAGAUUUUUACCGUUUCUGUAGCAGGAAAGGCUGGAACAUUUUAUCUGGAAGUCCAAGCUGCAGACCAAGGCACAAGAAGACACACAGCCCGGACAACAGUCAAUGUAACCAUUGAUUCCAGUUCCACUAACAACAUUGUGGUGGUGGUACUUAAUCAGAAGAUCAAUGUUGUUGAAAGAAACAUUGCUGAAGUAAAAAGGGUCCUGGAAGAUAAACUUGCAUGGAACAUAUACAUCAUUAAUAUUUAUUCCAAUGAGUUUGAAAGAAAAGCAAGAAGCAGCACUGAUGUAACCUAUGUAAAAAUGAUUGCUUUUGAUGAGGCAAACCAGGAAAUAUCUGCAGAAGAUGUAAAAAGAAAACUUAGGGAGCAGAAGAGUAACAUUGAGAUAGAACUGGAGAAAAUAUUUUCAACAGCUGUUACUGCUGCCAUAGAAGAGGCUCCUGCUAACUCAGCAACUCCUGAACUCAUCACAACGAUCGUCCUCGGUGUUCUGCUAGCCUGCGCCCUCACAGCCUUCCUGGUAUACGUACUUUUUACUAUAAAAAGGAAAAGGAAAACUGGAAUAAUGGCGUUUAGCAAUGUGGAAGACACCAAAAGAGGUGAUGCUGACAAAGAUGUAUUUCAGGACGAUGAAAGCCCUGAGACACUAGAUUGCAACAGCGAACAUGAAGAAAGUGUAGCAUCUGAAGAAGCCGCUGAACCUAGAAAUGGAGAUGCCCAACCCACUGCAGAAUUCACAACAAAACAGGAUUGCUUUCUGACAGAUACAAAGCAUGAGUUGGCUCUUUCCUUAAAACCUGAUCCCACAAUGCACACCCCUGAAAAAGAACUGAAAGGAGUAACAUUUUCAGAAGUGGCGAUUAUUUUGGAUGCAGAGUGUGAAGGUGAUGAGCCUGAUGAUAACGAUGUGUUUUUUCAUCAGUAAGAAUGCUUGACGAAGAUGACUUUUAGGAAAACCACAAUGACACUCACUGCAACACUACAGAAUUAAGUGAGCAAUAAGAAUAUGGGAAUGCUAUCCAGAUUUUAAUUCCUGCUACUCCUGUUGUUCGUGCUGUAAGUGAUGGACAGGGAAGAAAAUCAGCAGUAGGCUGGAAGGGCGGCAGCACGGUCGUAAUGCAAGGUUACUUCCCCAGAUGCACCGUUAUCCUACGGUGUGUUCAACUUCCUAUGGCACGCGUACACUGGCAAGAUAAUAAAACCGAUUCCAACUGU